CCGUCAUGCCGUUGCCGACUGCUUUCCAGACCAGUGGAAAAAUGUGUGUAAUUGUAAAUGUCAUCUGUCUAUAUCUCCAGUGUAGGGCCACACUCCCUCAAAACACUUUCAGUUGGAGAUUAGAGACUGUUCAGAAGUAAAGAGAAGCAUUUUAUUGUAUGCUGAAAUGACAGCAGGUUCAAACCCCACAGUGGUAAUCUCAAGGACAGGGAUUGAAAGGAACUGCUACAGACAACAGAAACCAAGGUCUGAAAAGAUCUGCCACUUUUCACAGUCAAGACUGAAGGAUCAAAAAUAUACAUCACCCCACAUUAGGACCUGUUUGAAACUUUGCUUCAAGGAUCGGGUGAGGAUGGAGCAAAGGGAACCGACAGGGGAUCCUAACGUCGAAGGGAGACUCAGGGAACUGGCAUCAAAGUGGUUUAUAGACACUCAAGUGCCACUCAUCGUCAAAAACGGCCUCUUUCCCACUUGGUUCCUGGGCUUCAUCACCAGAAAGGAUGCUGAAGAAAUGCUUAGAGAAAAAGAGCUGGGCUGUUUCUUGAUUCGUCUCAGUGAGAAGGCUCUCGGAUACAUUCUGUCCUACAAAGGCAGGGAUCGGUGUCGACACUUUGUGAUAAACCAAAGUGAAACAGGACAGUUUGUGGUCUGUGGGGACACUGAGGGACACGACACAGUGCCUGAUCUGAUAGAACACUACAAGUCGAGCCCCAUUGAGCCGUUUGGAGAAUAUCUGACAUGUUCGUGUUUUGAGGCAAUGGAUGAAGAGCUGUAUGAUAUUAUCCAGUUCAGCCCCAAAGAAAAGCCAGUUGUUCCCGUCAGAUCUGUGAACAAGACGCGACAACAACAGAUUAACCCAGAGCAGCAACCUGCACCGCCACCACGGAGCAACAGAACAUCAGAGGAAGUACCACCUUUGCCUCGGAGGAGUCGGCACUUUGAUAGCAGCAUCAAUGACCGUGAGAGGGUUUUGUACGCUCAGCUCAGGAAGCAGUCACCCAGAGCCCAACACAACAGUCAGGACAGUUUACCAGGGAGAGCCGAGAGGUCAACAAACAAAGACCAGAACAUUGGAAGGUGUAGUCCUCCAUCAGGACCAAAAACUGCUUACUCUGAGCUUGGCCUGCUGGAAUGCAAGAGCAGAUCUCUGCCGCUGCUGGACAACAUCUCUGAUGAAGAGCAGCCCUACAGGCUGAGCGUACCUCCUGAUACCCCACCAAGACUUUCCCCCAGACCAGGCAGACAAGUCACUAGCUGUGUCCCACAGCCAGAGAAGAAAGAUAAAUGCAGCAGACCGAGCAGCAACCACAGCCUGGACCACAUGAGUGAUGGUGCCGUCUAUCACCUGGCUGGCAGCCCACACACUACACUCUUUGACACUAGAUCAUCAAUCCCAAAUCAGCAUGACAACUCUGUGUAUGCUGAGGUUUCCACUGAAGAUCCAUCUGGUCGCUUCCCUCAUGAUAGUGCAUACGAGUUGAUCCCAAACCACAAGGAAACAGCCCAGUCUAAACCCAACAGCAACACCUACGAGCCUCUGGAGGACAUCAGGCGCAAACAUAACUCCUGGGGCUUAAAGAAUGACAAAUGGAAAUGGCUCUUCCCUGAGGUCAAGAGGAAAUGGUGAAGAGGUUGCCUGACUAAUUACUGAAGAAAAUGUUUACUAAAUUGACACUACUGUGCCACUGGUUAAGAUAGAGGCUGUGGCAGCUUCUUUUAAAUAUUCAACAUCUUCUGUAGUUUUAGCUUUUUUAAUGUAUUUAUUUAAGAAUGAUGAUGUUACAGUUACAUUUUUUUUGUUUCCACAUGUAAUUAAUUAAACUGCAUACCGAAAUUUUGUGAGGCUAUAUGUCAUUAAACACAAUUUAGUAAAAAAAGAGUGUCUGAAAUAAUUGUUUUCUAGGCAAUAAUUACAGUGGAGAAAAUGUCUCCGUUGUAAGGGCAAGUUUCAGGUGCUGCAGCAAAACUGUACGACA